AUGUCGCAAGAAACGGAAAAAACUGCGGACCUACCGGUUAAAACUGGACCGGAUGACGACGUUCAGUUGGAAUCGUCGUCGGUAUCGAAUUCGGAACUUCCACGGGCAUCAGGCGGUUCUACCACUUCCGUAACGGUGACCUCGAUGGAGGUAGAACCGCAACCGCCGAUGCCUCAAUCCAAAUCACAACAAGUGACCGUCGUGAAUGAUAAGCUAACCGAGGUGCGGCCAUCGUUCGACGAAAUCAUUGAAUCGGACGACAAAACUGCGGCUGUGACCACUGACAACGUAACUGGUCAGUGCGAUCAGCUACCAAUCGUAGACUUGGAGCCACCCUUCAAGAAAAAUCGUCGUGUGCAGGUGCCUUCAAGCGAUAUCACCCGUGGAAUUUCAAGCAUUGAACCUUCACCCAAAAAACCUCCUAAAAAGAAAUUACACGAUUCGACCCCUCAGAAGAUUGGUGUUCUAGCUGGGAUUCCGUGUCGACGAAGAUCUUCCCAUGUUACAGGUGGCAACGACAACGCGGAUCAGUUGGAUGCCAUCAAACACCUCGCGCUUGUGUUUCUUUUCUCCCGCCUCAAGAAACCAUCAAAAUGGAGCGCGGAAACCUUCGAACAAAUUAGAUCCGUGGAAGCUACCAUCAGCCCCGAAAUGAUUGUGUCGAAAUUUUCCCUCAACUAUGAGGAUAAAAUCUAUCAUCUAUCACUGACCGGUACGAUAGCUAAAGGACGGGUGCAGUCAGUCGAAGCACCACCUCCAAACUUUAAAAACGCUCUAAUCGAGCACAUAUCCGGAUACAGCGGUCUGGUCCUGAAGUGCGAGUCCCAGUACUUGAUAACGUGGAAAAUUGCCGAAGGUUACUACCUGUACGAUCCUUGUCUGCAUGACUCUUCCCGGUUGAUGUUCUUCAACGGUCUCAAAAUGCUGAUGCAGUUUAUUCUGGAGGUGAAACAAUUGAACGACCGAUCCAAAUUCUACAUGUCUAAGAUCACUCUGAGUUCCGUUGAAGAUGGCAACGUUGUAACGAUCAAGCGGAAGUCCCGCGUGGCGAGCCGUUUCACACUGCUGAGUGAUAGUAAAGCUCUACUGAUGGGAGAUAGAUAUUUGAAAGAUGCCAGCUUCCGGCUGGAAUCGCUGAGGAUAUCACUGAAUGCGAUAGAUUUUGCCCAAAAACUCGAAACGCGCUCGUGGGAUGCAUCGAUUUUGAACGAAUUAUUCAAAGGGGAAAUGGCGGAUAAGGUUAUCAAUAAACUAGGAAUAUUUUUGAGUGAAGAAGAAUCAGAUGGUGAUUUUCUGCUGGAAAAAUCAAAGCUAAUUCGGAUGGGUAUUGCCUUUGGAAGCACUCAACGGGAGGACUUUGAACAACUGAUCAACCGAAUGCUGGUGAUUCGAAUAGCUGUGAUUUUAAAAAUCGAUGAAGUGUACAUGGCAAUAUGGAGUAGCGAAAACAUUAUCUAUUGGUUCUGUCCCUUCCGGUACGACGAACUGGAACUGGAUCCCGCGGAACUAGAGGAUAAAGCCUGUUUUCUCUACGCUUUCAAUUCACUGGCCAGUUUAUCAGGCGUUCUGUUCGGUUACCUGACCGAACUAAUGCUUCUUCCUCGUCAUUCGAUUCAAGUUCUAGCUGUGGACAGUGAGCCGUUCGGACAGGCACCACGGGUACCGCUGGUCGAUAGUAGUGACUCGUUGAACCGAAGCGAGUUGGAAAUCCGCAUCGCCGAAGGAACACGCAAGCCGAUUUUUGUUUCCGACGAAGAUUUUCCUACGAUGACGCUUUCCGAGGCUAAGCUGUGCCGAAUCAUGUUGCGAGAAAUUAUGCAAAAUGCUGAGAAAAACUGCGAACAGUGA